AUGGUGGAGCAACAAAUAUCGCCUCCUCCCAACCCCCAACCCACCAACCUGACCAACCUCCCCAUAGACAUUCUCGUCCAAAUUCUGGAUUUCUUCCGAGAAGAUCGUUUCGUACAUGAAGAUCGUGUCCAGUGGCAGAAUUGGUGGGGUCAAGAUCCCGACGAAAAUAUCUGCAGUUUGCGCUUGACGUGUCGUCGCUUCCACGACCUGGCUUCACCACUGCUUUUCCCAGUCCUUAAAGUUGACUUUGAAGGAAAAUCACUACGCCGUGUAGAAGAGCUGCUGAGCAAUCGGCAAAUCGCUAGCGGAGUCAUCGGAAUACACAUCACUCUUGAGUACCGCCCAGCAGAGUUCGCCACCGACUUGGCCAAGUUCGUCAAGAUCAAGGAUGACGCCUUGGUUAACAUUCUUGAGAGUCCAACUCGUCUAAGUGGGCUGUCUAUGUCUUUUGGAAACGGCACGCCCAAGUUCGAAAAGGUCUCUGCCGAGCAGAUGCACAACCGAAUGGCCAUGAGACGAGCUUGGGAUAAUGUCAUUCAAGGUAAAGACGCCAAUGAGCCGGAUGAACAAGUCCAGGCCUAUCAAAGCAUUCUGCUGCAAAGCCAUAAAGAAUACGCCAGAUUACACGAGGAGCAGCUUCAAAUGAUUGAGAAGGGGACGUUUGUCAACACCUUUGCAUCCUUACUGCCUGAAGGCCAGCAGCCGCUAUCCCUGAGUAUCCGAGGUAUCAGGUACGAGGAUGAGGACGACUACAUGGACAAGUACUGGGAGGCUUUCGGGGACACAGAUGUACUUUGCGAAUUUCUGACAGAUGCGCACACUUGUUCCUCGCUGGAUCAUAUGGACGGCGAGGUCAGUCUCCCGCAGGCCAGGAUCAUCUCUGAGCUCCCCAUCGCCUUGCAUAAAGCAGGUGUAUCACUCGAGUACUUUCGUCUCUCCUCCUGCCUCCCGGUGCGGAGCAACUUUUCAGACAUUUGUCCUGGGCUUGACAUCUCGCCGGACGCUGCUGCGUGGCAUGACCUCCAGUCAGCGUUCCAGCAGUUGAAGGGGUUUGAGCUCCAGGAUGUGGGCUGGGAGUAUCACAGGCAAGACCGGACGGUCUAUAUACCAUCCGAAGGCAGAGCUUUUAUCGAGGCCUAUAUCGGCGCCGUCCUCUCCGGGCAAUGUCUCGAAAACGUCGAGCUUGAUCUGAGCGGCUUCGGUCUGGUAGACAGAGAUAUUGGGUGGGUAGAGCCCUGCCACCUAAGUGGUGUCUUUUCAUCGAUCAGCUGGCCGCGUAUCAAGUACCUCGACAUCAUGGGUGUGACCUUCACUCAGGAGGAGUUGGUCCGUUUCUGCCUCGACCUGAGCCCGUCAUUGGACGACCUUUUCCUAGACAUGAUCAACCUGUGGGAUGGAAGCUGGGCUCAUACGCUAGACAUACUCCGUGAAAAGGUCAUGGCUAAACCUGAGCUUCUGGUUCUGCUGGGAGACUGGAGGGGAAGGGAGCUCGGCCUGAAGGCCAGAGUAUCAAGGAGUGGUUCGCCGCCGUGGGAACUGAGAGAUGAAGGACUGCCCGAGAAGUUUAGACAAUACGUGCAAGGGAAAGAAGGGAUGGAAAACCCAGCGAACGCUUGA